AUGAACAGCCCUAUGAGUGAGUACUUACACAUAGAUUAUAAUAUCAGCUUGCAUACAUUCUUGUGAUACAUAUUUAUCGGUUUAGAUCAAUACCGAUAUGACUAGCAUACCGUCAUUUAUCGAUUGAAAUAUAUAAUAGUAUUAAAACGCUAUUGAAUUCGAAAAAGCGGCGUGUUUUUGGAUAGUUUAAACCGUAUACCAUAACUUAUACCACUAUUCUUCCUACAANUCAGCUUGCAUACAUUCUUGUGAUACAUAUUUAUCGGUUUAGAUCAAUACCGAUAUGACUAGUAUACCGUCAUUUAUCGAUUGAAAUAUAUAAUAGUAUUUAAAGGCUAUUGAAUUCGAAAAAGCGGCGUGUUUUUGGAUAAUAUAAACCGUAUACCAUAACUUAUACCACUAUUCUUCCUGCAACGUGACUUCUCAUAUAUUUCAUAAUUUUAUUGAAAAAACGUUGAUUAUUGUAAUCAAAUUUUCUUAUUAUGUUUGAAAACCUGGAAAAAAAUAAUUAUAGGUAUACGAUUAGGAUUGACAACUGUAUGAAUAUAUAUUUUGUAAUUUAUUUUUUUUUAAAAACUACCUAAAUUAAAGAUUUUCUUACUUUCGACAAGAAGGCUCGGACAAACCAAAAGACUCACAACGGCUUUCUUGUAUUUUAUGAANUUUAUUGAAAAAACGUUGAUUAUUGUAAUCAAAUUUUCUUAUGUUUGAAAACCUGGAAAAAAAUAAUUAUAGGUAUACGAUUAGGAUUGACAACGGUAUGAAUAUAUAUUUUGUAAUUUAUUUUUUUUUACCAACUACCCAUAUUAAAGACUUUCUUGCUUUUGACCAUAAGGCUCGGACAAAUCAAAAGACUUACAACGGCUUUCUUGUAUUUUAUGAACAUAUUCAAUACCUGGACCGGAUUUUUAUUAUUUUUUUUAAUUCCAAGUUAUUUUCUUCGCAAUGAAAAAUAUUCCAAACAAAUAUAUUUAACGUUGGAACAAUCGACGUGGCAUAUUUAAAUUAACGCCGUAAUCGGCUUUUAUAAAAAUCGAUUUUUUUUUUUUUACUGUAGUAUCGUUGAAUGAGUCGUAAUCAUAGAUAGGUAUAUGACAUUUUUUCAGAAUUAUUUAAGCGUUCGCAAGCAUAAUAUAACUUUCUAAUCGACUAUAUUUGGAUUAUUAAUAAUGACUUAACGUUUUUAAUAACGUUUUUUUUUUAGGCAAAUGCCCGACACACAAUAAGGCGGUUUUAAUCAAUGUAAAACCAAGUGCUUUAUCGGGGUACGCUGGGAAUUCUAAGAUUGAGAGCUAUUGGAGACCAGGAGACCCUAUUUUUGUUAACUAUUUAACAUACAAUCUGGCAUUAGGUUUAUUAAACCAGAUAGAAAACAGGUUCGGUUAUGGUGUCACAUAUUCCAGAAAUAAAGACAGUGCUCCUGAAAACGCCGAAGAGUAAGAUUUGACUAAAAUAAUAUUUAUUAUAACUCACCGCCAAAUUCAUAAUGUUGAUUUAAUGAACGGUGUGGAUAUGUCAUAGAAAGAAUAUGAUCGAAUUAUGUUUAUUUAUUUAUACUCUAUGCCCCUUAUCUCAUUGCUCGGAUUACUUUUAUUGUUAAAUCAAAUCAAAUUAUGUUAAAAAAUUCAAAUUUUGAAAAAAGUUUAUUUAGAAUACGUAAUGGAAAAAUAUUAGUCAUGAUUCAUAAUUCAUGGAUCACGAAUAAUCUAAAUUGUAUGUGGAUUAUAAGUCGCUAGAUAUAUUAAAUUUAUAAUCUUCUAAAAAAAGAUAAAAUNUCAUAGGGCUACCUACAAAUUCAGCUAUAUUGUGCAAUACUACAAACAAUAUAAGAAACACUAUUAAAACCAGCUAAAUAGUUAUAUGAGUCAAAAAUUAAAAAAGUAAUGUUAAACGAUUAGUUAGGAUAUUUAUUUUAGCUCAUUCAAACACAACAUAAUAAAUUUGUUUUAAAUAAUUGUUAACUGGCAUUCUUUAGUGAUGGUAUUAAUACUGUCUCCAAACCAACAUUUUGUACCUACUUGGAAACGAACUUGAAUAAUGAUAUUUCAUAUAAAUUAUGCCAUAACGUAUUUGGCAACUUGUGGGGACAGAUCGGUGGCAAUGUCCUUGAAAAUUGGACGAAGAGCAAGAUUUCUGGAUCCAUUGAAUUUGCCAACGAAUAUUUAAACGUGCAGGUGUUGGCCGACGAGACGACAGACCCAUCAUAUGCGUUAAAUAUUAACUUUACGAAGCAGAUAUUUAGCUCCUGUGUAAUAGGCGGUCAGUGCACGUUUAUAGCCGACAAAAAGUCACCAAUACCUAUAGUGCUUAAAGGUUAUGAAGGAAUGUUGGGAUACAGAUAA